AUGAAUGAGGCUCAGCGAGCCGUGCUGCAGAAGCACCAUGUGGAGUUAGCACGAGACAUUAUUGUGACAGAUGUCUUCCUCGGAGAGUGUUUCCAGAACAAACUCUUUGACAGCCACCUGAUUGACCUCAUCAGGGCUGAUCAAUCCCCUACCUACAAACUGCUGAGUCUCCUCCCCACACGGGGCCCAGAUGCUUUUGACACAUUCUUACGAAUCAUUGAGCCAGAUUAUCACUGGCUAGUGUCCAGUCUCCAGGAUAGCCUUGAGCUAUCUAAAUCCACACCUCGGCCAAGCCUCAUUCUCCCAAAGCUUGACACGACAGAAGGAGGUGUCAGCUCUCCUAGGUUAAUGUCAUUAGGAUCACCAAGUGAUGAGGAAGAAGGAUUAGAAAUACGCUCCCGAGUCACAACUUUUAUGAACCGCAAUUUCGGACUCAAUAGAAAGCUAUCACAGGCAGAUAAACGUGCAAUUGAACAAUUCAUUAUGCAGCAGGCAAAGUUGGAACAAGAAAAACAACGCACAAUGUCAAGUUCCACAACCAAUGAAGAUGAAAUAGAAAGCCCGGAUAUUUUUGAAUCAUCAGGUGUUGUGAAGAAGAAUCUGUUUGACUGUUAUAUAAAGAUGGAUGUGCAUAUGAAUGCUUUACAUGUUGGGGAUGAGUUGUCUCCCCCUGAUCAGAAUGCCACAGAGUCUUCCAUGACAUUUGCUAUGGUAAAGCUUCAAAUUGACAAAGUUCUUCAACGUUUAGAGAAGGUGGAAGAUCAAAUAUCACAAUGUUACGACUUGCUGAAUGACACAGAUAGGACCGAACCACUUUCCAAACAUAUUGACAGAUUGGCUAUCCAAUUAAUGUCAAACGACCAACUCCUUGAGAAUGAACGCACAAAGACAGAAAAAAUAACAGAUGAAUUCUAUACUUUAUCAAUGAACUACAAAAAAGUACUACAGAAGUCUCAGUUAAGAGAUGUUGAACUAGAGGUUAAAAGAAAUCAGGUGACAAAUCUUCAAAGGGAGGUCAUUUCAUUGCAAAAAGAAAUUGACCGAGUAACUGGGAUAAAUAAACAACAUAUGGAAAAAGAAAAGACAUUAGCAAACCUCAAGGAAAUGGUGGAAGGUCUCAAAACCAGUCAACGCAUCAUUCAAGAGGAAAAUGAUACUUUAAAUAAGAAACUGACAGAACAAGAUUCUCGAUCACCACGGCGACAAAUAUCGAAAAACGGACGUUUCGUAGGACUAUCUACUACACGUGCUCGACAACCAACAAGGAGAAAACCAACAAAUAACUUAGGUAAUUAUCGAGUCAAUCAACCAUAA